CUCAUAUAUAAUAGGGUAUCGUGAGGCUUUUCGUCCAAAUAGCGAGGUAGGACUCAAGUAGGACUGAGCUGAAUACUCCAAUUCGAGUAUACUCACGUUCGGAGCAUUUUAAUAUUGAUGCAGAUCUCACUUCGGGCCCACGAACCGUGGUAAUUACCUACCUCAAGCACACCCACAAUGCCGUCGCUCCCUUGCGCGCGUCUUUGCAUCGAUAUAGAGCUAAAAGAUCAUCAAGCAUCCGAUAGGAUACUGUGAGAAGGGAAGAUGGAUGGGUUGAACAAGUGGUUUGCAGCGACCACUUCAACUAUAUAAACGAGCAGCAAUCCCAUAUCGUAUCGUAUCUCACCAUCACUCUUCACGAGCAUCUCCCAUCUCAACAAGACAAUUCCAAGAAUCAUUUAUUUCCACCAUCCUCUAAUCCUAACCAUGAAGUCCUACCUCCAAGCGCUCACUCUCUUCCUGGCUUCCGUGCCCCUGAGCACUGCCACCAUCCCUCCCGUGACUUACUGCCCCAGCUGUCCCAAGCCAGUUCACUGCGACAACGCCGGCUGGGACUGGGCCUACUACAGCAACCCGCUGCACAACAACGGCGAGGGGUAUCCCGGCUUCAGCGCAGAUGUAUACAAGACGAAGCAGCCGGAGUACACCGGCGUAACGGCCUCGAUUGGCGGGCAUCUCGGCUACACAGCCGCGAGCCCGGAUGUAACGACCUUCUACGGCUCAACUCAAGAGCUCAACGCAACAUACUUCGCUAUCAACCACCACGCGUACCUGUACGCCUGCGAGGCGGGCACGUAUCAGUUCGACAUCUCGUUCGUGGACGAUGUAGUGUUUGCCUGGGUCGGGGAGACCGCGUACUCCGGGUGGACGGACGAGAAUAGGGACGCGAAAGCCGUGUGGACCUUCCAGGGAGACACGCACUUUGGCUCUGCGAGCUUUAGUAAGGAUCUUGGAAUCGGAAGCUUCAAUCCUCUGCGCUUCGUUUUCGCUAAUGGCCAGAACGGCGGUUCAUUUAAUCUGACCAUCACCAGUCCCAGUGGUGUUAUCGUUCAUCAGAGUGGCCGAGACAGCGAUUAUAUUGUCCGCUACUCCUACGACUUCCAGAUUUCGGCGCCGAAGUUCCCCGCUUUUGGGGCAGAGACGUAAAUGCCGUUGGGGAAAGGGUAAAUAGCAAGGGUUCUGCUUUCAGGGAUGAAGAUCCUAGGUGGUGAGAAAAAGGGUUCAUAAUGCGAUAGUUAGUCCCCGGGGAGGGGGGUCCUCAUCUAGGAAAGA